AUGAAAACGUGGAACUCCGCGCUUCUGAAAGAACGGGCGUUCGACUGCGUGCGCGGGUUCGAGAGGCGGGCAGGCUCAGGCGGGCUCUGGAACUACCACGACUCCCACGCCGGGCCAGAGCCUGUGACAGGGCCGUCCCUCGAUCCGCACAGCCCAGAUCUCGUCAAGCCCUGUAGGCUGGCCGCAAACCACUACGUCUGGCCCAGCGCCAUCUACGAGCUGCUCGAUACAAACGUGCCCCGUCAGAUCAUGGAGUACAGUGGCUUUCCGUUUCCGAAAGACACGCCGCUGUUUCCCACCAAACAGCAGGUGCUGGACUAUAUGAAGAGGUACGCGAAGGACGUAGAGCCUCACAUCAGGUUCAACACAAACGUCGUUUCUGUCAGGUACAGGCCGAACGAGGAGAAAAAAUGGCUGGUUACGUAUCGUCCCGUCUGCGACGAGACGGAGGGUGGACUAAAAUUCUCGGCCGCGCAUCCUGACAAAACCGAGCACUUCGACGCCGUGCUGGUCGCCUCGGGCCAUUACGAGCUGCCGUACGUGCCCGAAAAGAAAGGACUCGCGGAAUGGACGGCGAAAUACCCCGGCUCUGUGUCGCACUCGAAACACUUCAGACACCCGCGACAGUUUGCGGACGUCCCGGGGAAUCUGCUCAUUGUGGGCAACUCCGCGUCGGCGCUGGACCUUGCGUACCAGACGGCAGUGAUACUGCAGCGCAACGUUUACAAGAGCGCGAGGUCGCAGGCAACGCUCCCCGGCGGCAGCAGCGAGUACAUCAAAACCGUGCCGGACAUCGACCGGUUGGAGCCAGAAACAAGGUCGGUCAGGUUCACCGACGGGUCGGUGCUCCAUGACGUCGGCCACGUCCUGUUCGCCACGGGAUUUCUGAGACACUACCCGUUUCUGGACGAGAUCAACAGAACGGCGACCCCAGUGGUCACCGACGGCCUCAGACUCCACGGCUUAUAUAAGCAGUGUGUCAGCUACAAUUUCCCCGGGCUCGCCUUCAUCGCAACGCCGCGGUACAUUCUGCCGACCAGAGUCGGGGAGGCGCAGGCGGUGUGGCUUUCCAAGAUCUUUCAGGGCAAGCUGGAAUUGCACAGCAUUGAAGAGAUGAAGGCGGACGAGGAGAACACUGUCCAGCUGCGCGGCGACUCGCCCAAGUUCCAUAAUCUGAUGUAUCCCGACGACGUUCACUACGCUCACGAGCUCAACCGGCACGUGUACUCCACGCCGGGCUGGCAGAGCGGGCUGCUUCCCUGCGAGUGGAACCGCGAGGAUAUCUUGUACCGUGCGUCGGCCGUGAAGAUGAAGGAGGCGUAUCUCAAGUACCGCGAGCGUACCAAUGGCAAGCGCGCAGCUAGCGUCGAGGAGCUGCAGCAGACGGUUGGGUUCAAGUUUGAGGACGUAGACUGGACAGAGUUCAAGUUGCGAGUUGCGCAGGAUCCGCGCCGCGUUCUCGAAAAUGUUCCACCUCUCGGUUCGGCAGCUCGCUAG